UAAUGUCUCAUGUAUUAGAAGAUUUAAGGAGAGUCUUCCCAAAAAAGUCAUUUCUACUCUAAACCUAUAUGUUAGGUUGUUUUUACUUGAUACAUUAACAAUUAAAUGUUGAUGAAAAGAAGAAAGAGAAACAAAUUAUGCCAAUAUGGAGAUCAAAAUUGAUUGAAAAUCAACAUCAACGACAUUUGAAAUAAUUUUAAUUGAAAAUCUUAAUUGAUUAAUAAAUACCACUCAAACCUUAACAUAAAUCAUCUUAUGGCUUGAUGGAAUUCAGUAAUAGAUUGUCAUUUAUAUUUUAGGAACACCCUAAUUCGUUGAAUAUCAAAACUUGAAUCCACUAAAUACAACUUCAUAAGUGGUAUUAUUUCAUUUAAUCCUUUAGCAUACUUUACAAAUUGACUCUAAAUAGAUUCAGAAUUUCAGUUUAGAUGAUUUAACAACUAUACAAAGUGAAUUUAUCCCAGAUUUAAAAACAGAUUUGUAAAUACAGAAAUCUGUGGAUAUGACAUAGAGUUGCAUCUUUUGA